UUUUUUUUUUUUAAAAAACUUAACGGCACAAUUUUGGAGGAAUGUGAACCGGAUGUCAUUUUAAAAGAUCCUAAUGCACGCCUGUGACUGAGAGACUGAAAUUUGCUGGGUCAGUUAAGUAUAAUCUGGUAAGAUCACAGUGAAGCCCUGUACAUCUCGAUAGGAUUAGGACUUCACAUCGCAAGGCACGCAGGAAAGAGGCUUUACUUGUACUUAGUUUGUGAUAGCGGUCCCUCUCAUAGGACUGCCUGCUGAAUUCAUUGUGAACCUCAGGUUAGGACACAGAAACUGCUGUUUAUUAUGUUUCCGUGCCUCAUUUUUUAACAGAAGCCUUUUUUCCUUGGUGUGGCUCUUUUUAAAGGAUGGAUCUGGGCAAGGUUAAGUUGCUGAGGACUGGUCUAAACUCUCUGCACCAGGCUAUUCACCCUGUUCAUGGGAUAGCCUGGACGGAUGGGAAGCAGGUUUGCCUCACGUCCUUCUUCUUCGCCAGUGGGGAGGCCAGGUUUGGUGACACCAAUGUCAUUGGGCAGUUUGAGCAUGUCUUUGGACUCUACUGGGGACCUCUGUGCUGCACGGGGUCUCCGGCGCUGCUGGCCGUGCAGCACAAGAAGCAUGUCACCGUGUGGCAGCUGCAGCUCAGCGCGCUGGAGCAGAACAAGCUGCUGUGCACGCAGACCUGUGAGAUGAGCGAGCCCUUUCCCCUGCUCUCCCAGGGCUGCGUUUGGCACCCCAGAAUGGACAUCUUGACCAUCCUGACCAAACGUGAUGCCUCUGUCCUCUUCUCAGUUCGAGUGGAUAACAGGAGGGUGAAAGCGGAUAUCAAGGGCAGUGGCCUCAUUCACUGCGCCUGCUGGACAAAGGAUGGCACACGCCUGGUGGUGGCUGUGGGCAGCUCCCUGCACUCCUACAUUUGGAACGACAUCCAGAAGAGCCUCACAGCCUGCACCUUUUGCCCCAUCUUUGAUGUUGGUGGCUAUAUCUGUGCGAUAGAAUCAAUUGAAGGAUCACAAAUUGCUGUUGCUACUGAACUACCUCUUGAUAAAAUCUGUGGUCUCAAUGCUGGCAUGGCUUUUGAUGUGUCCUCGGAUACUGAGUCCCUGCCCCCGCAGUCUCCCAUGCUGAUAUUGGGUGAUGAUUUCUCCUCUGACUCAAGGAGGAGGUCAACGGACUCCGAGAGGUCGUUGCCUUUGGGAUACCUUUCCUCACCGGCAGGUGGUCCGAUUGAUUUGACGCACAUCCUUGCAAAGCACAGGAAGUCAGACCCAAGUCCCCUCAUUCACCUGCGACGCAGAGACCACCUGACGGGAUCUGGCCAAGACUCGUCCUACUUAAUCCUGGUACGAUAUGAGCGGAAGGUUACUACUACCAGGAAAGUGAGUGUCCCUGGUAUUUUGGUUCCAGAUAUCAUAGCGUUUGACCCACGUGGUUGCACUGUUGUCGUAGCAUCCAAUACUUGCAACAUGGUGCUGGUGUACUGUGUGACUGCAUCCUCCAUUCCCAAUAUCCAGCAAAUCCAGUUGGAGAAAAAUGAACGACCCAAAGGUGUAUGCUUCUUGAGUGAUAACAUGCUGCUGCUGAUGGUGGGAAGACAGAAGUCUAAUGAUCCUGCCUUUCUUCCUUCCUCAAACACAGACAAGUACAGCAUCAGGCUUAUGACCAAGGAACUGAUUAAUGAUGAGGAUCGGAGGGUGUUGAGCACUCAGAAUCAUGAUGUGGGGUCACAUUUCCUUGGCAGUACUAGGAGGUACUCCGAGAGCUACGUUAAGGAAGAACGUCCAGUGAUGAAGGAACUGAUGCUGCCAACUGGCUCUGUAAUCCAGUCACCCAAUAACAGGCGAAAGCUGAUUGAGGAGGUGAAGAGUUCCGACCCCAGCCCAGUAGCAAGCCUGACGGACUUUUCGGAAAGAGCGACCUCCAGCACAUCUUCAAUCACGAUAGAGAAUUUCGAUGUGGAGCACAUCAAUCGAAUGGCUAGCUUGGCUGUGACUGCUCAAAGCAGCCGGGAGUCUAGCAGACCCUGUUCUCCAAGGUUUGAGGUGUCUGAGAAGCUGCACUCGGACCCCACUUUGCCCAAGAGUGGCUUCCUUGCGAAAGAGAAAUCAGCGGAGCAGCUCUCUCAGAAUAUGGAGAGGCUUUUUUCCAGGUUUGCAGAGGUGCAGCAGUGUCUUUCUGAAAUCAGGGACUUCACCCAGAAUGGGAGGAAGUUGAUGGGGAACUAUCCUUUGGCCUCUGAGCCUCCAUAUGUCAAUGUCACCUUUCAGAAACAGCUCUCGGAGAAUGUGUUCAUCGAUGAGAGAAGGCCGGUCCUCCUCUGUGAUGGGAAGUUGUGCCUUCGUGUUCUUCAGGACCUCUUCGGUUUGGCGGUUGUGGAGAUGCUGCAUGGCCCUCUGUGGAUAGUACUUGUAGCAGAUGCAGAUGGGUUCGUGCCACUUACUUUUAAGCCCAGGGACGAGGUGACACUCCGGAAUGGGAAGCAGAAAUUGUCGGCAAGGACACCGUGCAGCGCCGAUGGCUUCAGGUCGGGGAGUCCGGGCUGCCUGAGCCCUGACGGCUGAGGACUGCAAGCAAACAGAUGCUUGCUUUGGGGGAACACUUCUCUACAUGUCACUGGAAGUACAGUAUAUGUAUAAUGGGCAGGACUGGUUUACAGAGGGAGAGUGACACCAGUGCAACCACAUGAAGGAAAAACCCUCCUUGGAAAACUCUGAACUAGUGUUUGAACAGUUUACAAAUAUUACACAUGCAACAUGUCCCAUUCUACAAAUUCCAUGCCACAUAAAGGAUAGUGUUCCCUCAGCUUAAUGUUUACAGUGCAACAGUAUUCUCCUCUGGACUUAAAUCAUCUCGCAAACAGUCUAAGUACAGGUGAACAAAAGCCUUUUAUUUUGUAGUAGUAUAUACAUUCACCUUUAGUACUGUAUUUUGUUUAAAUAUUUAAAUGAUGGUUUUCAGUUAAAACAUACAUGAAGAAUUUGUGGUCACUGU